UUGGAGUUUGGAUUUGAAAGACCUCCAAUUAAAAUUACUUGGUUGAGCAAUGAGCACCAACAUAAAUUCAUUUCUCAUCCUACCUUAAGUUUAGAGUAUCGCUUUUACGAUCAACAAUCUUUCUAACAUGGAAGAGGCAGUGAAGUUGUUUGGUGGGCGGAGUAGUCCUUUUAGCUGCAGAGUUGAAUGUGCACUGAAACUCAAAGGAGUAAAAUAUGAAUUCAUAAAGGAAGAUCUCUCAAACAAGAGUGAGUUACUCUUGCAGUACAAUCCAGUCCAUAAGAAGAUCCCAGUUCUAGUUCACGGUGGAAAACCCAUUGUUGAAUCGCUGAUCAUACUCGAGUACAUCGACGAGAUGUGGCCGGACAGACACCCGAUACUCCCCAAGGAUCCUUAUGAAAGAUCCAAAGCUCGUUUUUGGACUAAGUUUAUGGAAACCAAGGAAUCAACCUUUUGGAGUUUGAUUUUUGCUACCGAGGAAACGAAAGAGAAAAUAGUCAACGAAAACGUUGAGGUACUAAAAACCCUUGAAGAACACGCUCUAGGCGACAAGAGAUUCUUCGGGGGAGAUGAUAUCGGAUUCAUGGACUUGGCAAUUGGAACCGGAAUUCAUUGGAUGAAAGUAAUCGAAGAUAUCAAACAAGUGAAGUUAUUUGAAACCUGUAAUCGUCUGUAGGCAUGGUUCGAAAGGUUCAGUGAAGUGCCUGUUGUCAAAGAAAGUUUACCAAGUCACCAUGAAUUGGUUGCUCACUACAAAACUCGUAUGGGAUGAUACUGCUUCCAACAGCAGGACUCAUAGUUGUUGAAAUGAUGCAGCAGUAUCACUCAACAGCUUCUUAUUUAAGAAGGUUGUGCGGAUCUUUUUAUGUUCUAUAACUUCUCUUUUGUUUCCAAAUAAAAUGAUGUGAGAUUUUAGUUAUAUGAUAAUAUUUGUAUAAACAAUGUACUGUUGGUGUUGGUUAGUUUCAAAUGGCUUUAGAGUGUUUUCUUUUCUUGUUGUCUUAAAGAGAAAAAUAAAAAUGAAAAAAAAUAAUUUGGUCAAAAUUUAA